CAGGAAUCAGUCAUGGGACUGCUGCUACCUCUCCUUCUUGCUUUACUCUCCUGUUUGAUUGGAGGACUCUACCUACUUGGUGUGUUUCGACGGCACCGACCAGGUGAACCCCCUUUGGAUAAGGGGCUCGUCCCUUGGCUGGGUCAUUUCUUGGAGUUUCGCAGGAACACAUUAAAAUUCAUCAAGAGGAUGAAGCAAAAACACGGCGAUGUGUUCACAGUGCAGCUGGGAGGGUGUUAUAUCACAUUCAGUCAGGAUCCUCUGUCGUUUCAGGGUAUUGUUAAGGAGAGUCGAGAAAAACUGGACAACUUACCUAUUGUUGACAAGCUGUUGCAUAGAAUGUUUGGAUAUGUGGCAGAGGGGGAUGACCACACUUUUCUCAAGGCCUCCAGCAACAAGCACCUCAAGGGGGACGGCCUGAAGGUACUGACACAAGCUAUGAUGGAUAAUUUGCAGAAUCUGAUGUCUCAUGAAAUCGCCUCAGGAGCAGACCAAAGCAGCUGGAAAGAAGAUGGACUGUUUGUAUACAGCUGCAAUAUCCUUUUCAGGGCCGGCUACUUAUCUCUGUAUGGCUACGCAUCUCCCAAGUCAGAAGAAAGUGAGGAGAAAGCCAAAGAGAAAGACAGAGCGGAAUCUGAUGCCUUGUUUAAAGAGUUUCGUAAAUAUGACCAACUCUUCCCAGACCUGGCUUACGGGGUCCUCUCACCGAGGGAAAGGUUGGAAGCAAAGAGGCUGAGGGAACUAUUCUGGACCACUCUGUCGGUGCAGAAGAUGAAGAUGAAGACAUCAGAAAGUCGCUGGAUCUGGGAAAUGCACCAGUAUCUAGAUGAGAAUGGUAUGAAGGAAUCGAUAAGCAGAUACAUGUUUGUGCUUCUUUGGGCCUCUCAUGGCAACACAGGGCCAGCUUCAUUCUGGCAGCUCCUUUUCCUCAUGAAACACCUAGAAGCCAUGAGAAGGAAGAGAUUGAUAAGAGCUGUGCUCCAGGAUAUGACCCUCAAGAUGGCAGAUGGGCGUGAAUAUAUCACUAACUGUAGCAAGGCCCUGGAACUGGAAUCAGUCAUGGGACUGCUGCUACCUCUCCUUCUUGCUUUACUCUCCUGUUUGAUUGGAGUACUCUACCUACUUGGUGUGUUUCGACAGCACCGACCAGGUGAACCCCCUUUGGAUAAGGGGCGCAUCCCUUGGCUGGGUCAUGUCUUGGAGUUUCGCAGGAACACAUCAAAAUUCAUCGAGAGGAUGGAAAAAAAACACGGCGAUGUGUUCACAGUACAGCUGGGAGGGCUUUAUUUCACAUUCCUUCAGGAUCCUCUGUCGUUUGGGGCUUUUGUUAAGGAGAGUCGAGAAAAACUGGACUUCUUAUCGUUUGUUAAAGAGCUGGUUCACAGAGUUUUUGGAUAUGUGGCAGAGGGGGAUUACCACACUGUUCUUCAGGUCUCCAGCAACAAGCACCUCAAGGGGGAUGGCCUGAAGGUAAUGACACAAGCUAUGAUGGAUAAUUUGCAGAAUCUGAUGACUCAUGAAAUCGGCUCAUCAGCAGACCAAAGCAGCUGGAAAGAAGUUGGACUGUUUAUGUACAGCUACAAUAUCCUUUUCAGGGCCGGCUACUUAUCUCUGUAUGGGUAUACAUCUCCCCAGUCAGAAGUCAGUGAGGAGAAGGCCAAAGAGAAAGACAGAGCAGAAUCUGAAGCAUUGUUUAAAGAGUUUCGUAAAUUUGAUCAACUCUUCCCCAACUUGGUUUACGGGGUCCUCUCACCGAGGGAAAGGUUGGAAGCAAGGAGGCUGAGGGAACUAAUCUGUAACACUCUAUCGGUGCAGAAGAUGAAGAUGAAGAACAACGUCAGUGGCUGGAUCUGGGACAAUGCCCAGUAUCUAGAGGAGAAUGGUUUGAAGGAGUCAAUGAUAAACAGAUACAUGUUUGUGCUUCUUUGGGCCUCUCAGAGCAACACAGGGCCCAUUUCAUUCUGGCUGCUCCUUUUCCUCAUGAAACACCCAGAAGCCAUGAAAGCAGUGAAGGAAGAGAUUGAUAAGGUUCUGAAGGAAUCAGGGCAGGAAGUCAGACCUGGUGGCCCUUCUAUCAGCCUGACCUAUGAAAUGCUGACGAAAACAACCAUCCUGAACAGUGCUUUGGAAGAGACCCUCCGACUCCUUGUGGCACCUGUCCUCACAAGAUGUGUGCUCAAGGAUAUGACCCUCAAGAUGGCAGAUGGGCGUGAAUAUAUCAUCCGCAAAGGUGACCGAUUGGCUAUGUUUCCUUAUUCUGCUGUUCAAACUGACCCAGAGAUCCACCCUGACCCACAUUCAUUCAAAUAUGACCGCUUUCUGAAUGCUGACGGAAGCAAGAAAACAGACUUUUACAAGAAUGGGCAGAAGGUGAAGUUUUACUCCAUGCCCUGGGGCUCUGGGGUCUCCAUGUGUCCGGGGCGUUUCUUUGCCUCUAGUGAAGUUAGGCAGUUUGUUUUCCUGGUGUUGGCCUACUUUGAGAUUGAGCUGAAGAAUCCUGAGGAGAAGAUACCUGAAAUCGACUUCAGCCGAUGGGGCUUUGGAGCCAUGCAGCCUAACAGAGAGGUCCAGUUUCGAUACCGGCCAACAUUUUAAA